GUACAGAAGCGAAGCGCUGAAAAAUCGAAGGAGAUGACGGAAAACUACUCAUUAGCACAUAAAUUCUCAGAUCACAGGAAGAAAAUUGUUCAUAUCUUUAAAGACGACGAUAACAUCAAUGCCUUGUUCAAUGGAUAUGGAAAGAGCAUAAGUUCGUAUGAACAGCUUAAAAAGAAACUUGGAGUUGCUUAUUUGAGCUACUACAAUGCGCAGAUGAAGAAUUCGCUUCUUCUCUUGGUUCAUUCAUUUGUCAACUCAGUUUUGAUUGAAAUUAACAUCAAACACAUGCUCUUGCCAAAUACUGAUAGUACACAGCUUGAGAGUUUGCGUAGUUCAGACAAUUUCAAUUCCAUUGAAUCAUAUAGGGCAUUUUUCCAGUACUACAAAUCUUCCCAGCAUCUCAACUACGACCAUUCUGAUUUGAUCAAAUCUGUUUUGGCAACGAACUACUUGCAAUUCAACAAUCCUCGAGUCAAUGAUACAGAGUUUCUCAAAGGAUUGAAGAGGAAUUUUGAGUCUUUCAACAAGAAUGACGAGUUGAGACAUAUCGACUUGAUUUUGGGCAUUACCCGAACUUUGUUAACAAGCAAGAGUAACAUCCCCAGCUACGGUAUUUUCAAAUUGUUGCUAGACAAGUUAGGCGACCUACAGUUAUACCACUACCAAACCCUUGUAUAUCAGACAUUACCCAGAUUCUCACACAAAUCGACGGUGUUGAACGGCUGCAAACUUUCUGCUUUGCAUUUCCAGCAUUUGAUUGAGCAAACACCUUCGAUACUUGAUAGUCUACUAAGGUACCAGGUCCCGCGGUCUGAUGUAGAAACAUUAAAACAGAUGCUAUCAUUCUUUAGGUUAGACGAAGUUGCAAAACACGAGAAGGUCGUAAACCGAAGCUACUUGGCUGAUCUCAUGUCGAAGUCUCGUUUCUUCCGUCUGCAACUGCGGCAGUUGGGGAUCGCCCCUGUGGUGUUUGCUUCUGACUCGCCCAUAUAUGUAUCCAAGGAAACGGUGUAUCUGGGUAUGAGGGCUUGUAUCGAGUUGGGCCAGUUUCAGUACCUUGACUCACUCUUCAACAAACUCGUAGUUCACUCUGUAGACGAUGCUGAAAACGAAGCCUUGAAGGUGUCGCUCAUGAUAGAAGACAGAGAAGUGGUUGAGUCUCGCAUUUUCGACAACGACCUCUUCAAGAUACUCAUACGAGCGUCACGUAAGUCCGACGACUUGGGCCGGAUGAUGUGGUUGAUGCCACAUUUGGAUAAGUACCUUACGUCCAAUGGAGAACAUAUUGACUCGUCGCUUAAACGAGAAAUCUUCCUUGCAUUGACGAAGUUUGGUCUCGAAGGCAAAGUGUUAGCCUAUGAGAAGAUGUUGAACUUCGGUGACAUGUAA